UUCACUGCGUUGCGUUCCCUCGUCCCAUCUGGACCCUGACUACUAUUUGAUCAGCCCGCGCUCCCUCGCCACCGCCUGGUCGUCCGGCAACGUCCCCUCUCCUAGAGCGAAUUAUUAGAUUCCGUCUCUUUGGGGCCAGAGUGGUCCAACCACGGUCCAAACACACCUGCUACUUCACCCCUUUGUUGCCUGCCGCAAUGGACACCACCUUCAUCACCAUCCAUGACCUCUCCGACGAUGCCCACAUCCUGUACUCGUCUGAUUCCAUUGUCGACAUCCUCGGCCACACUCCCGACGAGGUCGUCAACAGGUCCGUAUGGCAAUUUUUUCAUCCAGACGAACUUCCCCUCGCCAAAGCACAGCACAGCCGCGGCGUGAGGCUCGACAAGGCUGCCGUCCUGUCUUACUGCCGCCUGAAGAACCGCCAGGGCGAGUGGGUCGGCUGUGAAUGCUGCUUCUCCGUCGUCUACGAUGUGCUCGUAUGCUGCACCAGCGUCUACCGACAGGGCAUGCAGAGUCAGAAGCGUGCAGUUGAGGCGCCCAUAGUCCGCAAGUUAUUCGCUUCUUCCCCAAAAGACCCUCGCUAUCAUAUGCUGUCUCACUUAUCAACCAAGUUUGACCUUGGCCACGAGGAUCAGACCCAUGAGCCCCGAGCUGCCCUAUUUCUCAAUAGAUUCACCCGCACCUUGACUGUCAUGUACGCGACAAGCGGCAUAGAGCAGAUCAUUGGCAUUUCGAGCGAAGCUAUGAAGGGGCGCAGUUUCUACUACUGCAUAGCCCCAAACUGUCUCGAGGAUGCCGUCCGCUGUCUCGAGUCGGCCAAAGGUAACGACUCGAUUGCGUACAUGCGCUUCUUCUUCCGAGACCCCCGUCAGGACGACUCACCAGAGGCUAGCUCAUCCGAGAGUGAGGACGAUAUCAUGACCGAUGUGACUAGCUCAGACGAAGAGUCUGAGGGUGGUGUGGGGCUUGGCACAUCAGGUGAUGCUAGUUCUAGACAGCCCUCCGUUGCAAACAACAGCACCAACGAGAGCGCAGAGCCGUCAGCCUCGCGCUCAAACUCAAGGGAAGAUCCAAGCUAUCGCUCAGCUGCCUCAGCCACUCACCAAGCAAUGUUUGGCGGCUCUGCGCUCCGCUCUUCCAUCUCGUCUGCGAGCUCGCCUCGUUCUGAGCCCCGUGAUGAACCCAUCGAACUCGAAGCUGUUAUAUCGUGCACCUCGGACGGGCUUGUCGUGUGUCUGCGUCGUGCGCGCCCAAUGUUGCCAGGCGCUAUGCCUGUUGCACAGCCAGCCCACCAGUACAAUGGUAUCUUUGCGGCUCCCUGGGCAACACAACCUGUGUUCCAUCCUGCACCGCCGCAGAUGCCUCACUACCCUCUAGGUGCGCGACACCCGGCCAUGGCACAUGCGGGAUCCUCGAUGGACUUUCAAAAUAGCUUCAUGAAGAGCAUCCGUGACGUUGCCGUCUUUGCUUGGGCACUUACUGGAAUCAACGGCAGCCUCGUCGACUAUGCUCGUGGUAAACCAGUAGGCGAGAGUCAGCCUCCAGAUGGCUUUCCUAUCUGGAAUCCAUUGCCAGAUCCAAACGGCUUCGGCGGGAAGCAAUUGUCUGUGGCCCCGUCAGGUUACGGGUCUGGGUCCAAUAGCUCCGCUAGCAAUGACCCAUUUGGGUUUGGGGACCCUGGUCGUUGAGAUCUUUGAUCGCCGCACAUGCACUUGAGUCGAUCCAAGCGCAUGUCACAGUAAUACGGGGUGCUUUGUCAUCGUGGACAUUACCGGCUUCAGUCUUUUUAUCCGACUGAAAAGAGAGACCAGACCAUCAUGUCAACAGGAGUCACGGUCAUGGCGUCUUGCUGGUACGUUAUGAAUCCACCCGAGCAAUU